UAGUACUACUGCUCAAAGACCGAUACGUGUAGUUUUCCAUACGGGACACCAAAACAAAAUAUCGGAGGAUGCAACAGUCUGUCUAUCUAUGUGUAAUGAAUGAAUCCGUUUCCGAUCAUCGAUCCAUCAUCGAUCAUCAACGCCUUAUUAUUUAAUUACAUCUCCAAAACCUACUUUCUCCCAAUCAGCCAUGAAAAUUCAGUGCAACGUAUGCGAGGUAGCUGAAGCCAACGUCCUUUGCUGUGCGGACGAGGCCGCGCUCUGCUGGUCCUGCGACGUCAAAGUUCACGCCGCUAAUAAGCUCGCCAGUAAGCAUCAGAGAGUACCUCUCUCCGAUUCUUCUUCACCUAUGCCCAAAUGCGACAUCUGUCAGGAUACUAUAGGAUAUUUCUUUUGUCUUGAGGAUCGAGCAUUACUCUGCAGAAAAUGUGAUGUCGCAAUACACACUGUAAAUAACUAUGUGUCAUCUCAUCAGAGGUUUCUGCUGACAGGAGUGAAAGUAGGCCUUGAUGAAGUUGGUGCUUCUACCUCUACAGGGAGAUCACCCGCCAAUGAAAACCUUUUGGAAACAAGAUCUCAUCUAGUUUCUAAAGAAAUCAAACAAACCUCCUUAAAUGCUCAAUCCAACAGGGCUUCCUCUUGUCAAGUUGAUACUGGUGACUGUUCUACACUAAAUAUAUUUCCCUCGGGUGGAGGAUGUGCAGCUGGUUCUCCUCAGUGGCAAAUGGAUGAUGAAUAUCUUGGACUUACUGGAUUCAAUCAAAAUUACGGAUUUAUGGAUUAUAAUGGCACAUCCAAGGCUGACAGUGGUAAAUUGAGCGACUCUGAUUGCUCCUCAAUGUUGAGAUCUUCAGAGGAGGGAAUAGAUGGAGAUGAGUGCAUUGGUCAGGUUCCUGAUUCUUCAUGGAUGGUGCCUGAGAUGCCUUCUCCACCUACAGCAUCUGGCCUCAACUGGCCAAAGAUGUAUCACAAUCACAAUCAGCUGACCAUGGAUGCUGCAGCCGCUUUUGUCCCUGAUGUAGGCUUCAUGCCCCUUCGCAAGACAAGUCAUAAUUCUAAAGGUGGCCCAAAACGGAGAAGACAGUUCUAGUAAGUAACUCUUAUCUUCCAAUGCUCCCUCCCCCACUUCCAUUUACAUUUGGAGUGCUUUAGAAAGUGAAAUGGUUUAGAUAUUUAGGUUUGAUGCACCACUACAGUUUGUUUGUUUGUUUAAAUUGUAUCAAUAGUUUUCGGAGUGAAGAUGAUAUUUUUUUUUUUAUUGAUUGGUAUAUCUGUUGCUUGGCAUCUGAUGCAAUUGUUCAGUAUAUUUGUUAUUUUGUGGUAAAAAAAUGUUUGUAAGUGGGGGUUCUGCUGCAGGCAGUAAUUUCUUGUAAAUACAACCAUGAAAAUAACCCACUGAAUUUUAUCCUUACCUGUAAAAGAGAUAAGUAUUAGCUUUGUAAUUUUCAAGCAAUUUGUUACUAAAG